AUGUUGGCAUCAUUACGAUCAUCAAUGCUCGGAAAGGGAGUAACUUGUCUUUCUGCUUCACAGUUUGAUUCCCUGCUGAAGGAACCACAAAUGUUCAAUCAAUCAACUUCUCCUAAUCAAUUAUUUAUCUAUAAAUUUCAAAUCGGAUCACAGGAUAUCAAAUCAUUGGAUUUGUCUCGAAUGAUGAACACCCUCAAAUUCAUACAAAGUAGGGAAGAACAAACAGGGAAGGUUUUAGAGACGAGAUCAUUAAUUUCCAUGCAAGUAAUAUCUGUCAAUGAUUCAUCCAAUGAGAGGUGGAGGAAACGAGUAGAUACCUAUACAAAACACUCGGAAAAGUUCAAUCAUAACAUUCCAUUGAUGGGAUAUUAUGAGAGACAGUCGGAUGGUGGCAUGACAAGAACUCUCUAUCUGGCCUCGUUACCAUUUGUUGAAGAAGUCAAUGAGUCACACAGUCGUGCCAUUGAUCUCAUUCAAAAUUGGUACCUGUUCAAGUAUAAUAGAGGUUUAUCAACACUGAAUAAUGUCAAAUCAGUUGAAGAACUUUUAGAAAGUGGUUCGGAACUGUUAUUCAGUGACUUGAAUUGUAUUGUGAAAUUAUUUAGUGAUUUGGCUAGUGGGUUGUCAGAAUUACAUGCUAAAGGGCUCACUCACAACUCUAUUCUCCCUAGAAAUAUUACCAUGUUUCAUACUGAGGGAGGUUUUGAAUUUCUCACCACAGUUCCUUCAUUUGGAUUGGAUAAUAAUGUAGAUGGAGUGAAUGACGAUCACAUGUCUUACUUUUCACCUCAAGUAUAUUCUAGAUUUGAGGAAGGUGUUGAGGAAGUUUUCACAACUCAAAACGAUGUUUUCAUGCUUGGCACAUUAUUCAUGCGUAUUUUAUUAGGGGAAGAAUUUGAUGCCAAACAAAUUGAUUCUGACUAUUGGGAUUCAGAAAUUGGUGAUUUCAAAAAGACAAUUAUUGCUCGCUUUGGAAAGAUUGCAACAGGAACCAAAAUUGAAAUUUUAACAGAUUUGGCAUGUAGAUGUGUUUCGCCAAGUGAAGAUUCUCGACCAACCAUUGAUGAAAUUGUUGGAAUUUUAACACCCUUGGUGGUACAAUCAUAUGGAGCCAGUACUCUUCAACGAAGUUCGUCACUAUCUUUUGGCCAACAACAAGACGAAUUGGCAAUUAUUAGAUCCAUGGACGAAUCUGAUGAAGAUGACUUGGAGAUGGAAAAUGAAAUCUAUGCCGAUUUUGAUGAGGAGGAAGAACAAGAUAUUCCUCUACAAAACAUGCAAGCUAAGGAAAGUUCUAUGGGUGAACUUCCAGGUUCUGUUUAUCCACCUUCACUUCAGUCAGAGAUUCCAUCUCAAUCGCUUGUUAUCAACUCAAAAGAAGGUCCUCCUCCACCACCAUCUAGAGGAAGCGUAGUUAGCAUGGCACCACCAACACCUUCUCUAACAAGAAAUGUUUCAUCUGAUAAGGUAAAACAGAUUUCUAAAAAAUCUGAUUCUAAACAAAGCAGUUCAUCAAGCUCAACACAAGAAUACGAUAUGUUAUCUAGGACUACAUCUAACAAGCUUUCAACUCCUACUGGUGCAGUAUCAUUUACUACCAGUGCUGCUACAAGCAGUUCGUUCCAACCGUAUUCUCCAAAACCAACUAUGGUAACAGCCAAUAUGAUAGCAUUUGAGUCUUCUGUACCAAAAUCUGAUUUGAAAGAAGAAAUGAAAGAAGGAGAAGCAAUCAAUGAAGAAAGGAAUAGACAAGAAGAAUAUCAAAGGCAGAAAAGGUCCAAGAACAUAUACGGAGGGUCAAGAAGAAGAGCUGUCGAGGAAAACAAUGAACUAAAAGCAAAGAAGGAUCAAAUUGAGGAAGAGAUUAAUGAAGAGGAAGAAAGAAAAAAGCAAUUAGAAAAACUCAAAAAGAAGAAACAAGCACGAAAGGAAGAGAAGCCACAGAUGAACAUGGAUAAAUCAUUAAGUAGUGCACCUAGUAGAAAAACUUCUCACUCAAGCCCUAAAAUACUAUACGAUGAUAAUGAUGAUUCGUAUGGUGGAGGUAUGGAUAGAGGUAUUGAUAGAUUGGCUCAACAAUCUGCAAAGUUAGACCAGACCCGUGAAUUAAGGAGUGAAAAGUUUUUAGAGGAAAUUGAAACACAAGAAAGGAAAUCGAAAUCAAAAUCUUCCUUUUCAUUUAGUUGGAGAGAUUUGCUUUCCAUUUUCAGUUUCUUGUCAAGAAUUUUUGGAGGUUCUAAGGCUAAAGCAGAAGCAUGUGAACCAACUAGUACUCCAUUAUUUACUCCAAUCACCCAAGACAAGCCAGUUAUUCUUGAAACAGAGGUAGCACAACUUGAUGAUUCCCUCCAAAAGAAGGAAAAAUAUAUUGUUCAAAAGCGAUUGAGUGAUGGCGCCUCAGCAAUUAUUCUUCAAGUUAAAGACAAGGACACUGGUGAUGUUCAUGUAAUGAAACGUUUUAGAGAGGGUGUAGAAAGUGAUUAUUUAAGAGAAGUCAAGUGUCUGAAACUCUUCUCUCACAAGAAUAUUGUUCAAUUUGUUGAUAAUUUUUCAUAUACUGAAACAACUGAUGGAAAAUCCGUUAAGAGUAAUAUUGUAAUUAUGGAAUAUUGUACUUUUGGAGACUUGUACAAGCUGAGUAUGAGCUUUACAACUGGAAAACCAAAACCAAUGAGACCUUUAAGAAUGCUCAAGUUUACUCUUCAAUUGUUUGAAGCCAUUGCCCAUAUUCAUGAAUAUGGCUUUGUUCACAGUGAUAUUAAACCUCAAAAUAUCUUCCUUGCAAAAGAUGGAACUCUCAAAUUGGGAGAUUUUGGAUUCACUGUUAAGGAGAAGGAUACUGUAGCCGGUGGAACACUCCACUAUCUUCCUGUUGAACAAGAAGAAGGUCAACCAGCAGUUCUCGCCAGUGAUUUGUACAGUGCAGCAUGUUCCAUGUUUGAAGUGUUGGUAAAAAAGAAGGUGAGCUUGAAGAGUAAGCAAGGAGCUCCAACAAGUUUUGAAGAGGUUUGGGAUCAACAUAACAAGAAUAACAUUCACUUCCACAGAAAAAAGUACAAUCCACAUGCUAUGGGACUCUUUGAGGUUUUCAAGAAUUGCCUCGAAACAGAUCAUACCAAGAGAAGACCAGUUAAGGAAAUUGUAGAAACAUUGAGAGGUUUACUUCAAAACCACUCUGCCACUAUGGUUCAAAAGAGAUAUAGAGGUUAUCAUGCAAGAAAGUCGUUCAAGAAAUGA